GGAGACAUGAUUUUGUAAGAGCUGGUUACCUAAGUCAAGCUUCAUCACUUACAUCAGUACUGCAGGACAGCAUACACCAGGACACCAAGAUGUUGCUCUCUUCGUUACGGACAACAUUUUUUUGCGGUUGCAGGAGAGUUGGAAACGGAUUUCAACACAGCAGUCGGAGUCCACAGCUAAGACAAUGGCUUGUGAGGAGAGGCCAGAGCACCAUCACAGCUGAGGCAGGCGCCUCCUCCGCCCAGGCAGCAGCUACUGUCCCUAAUGCAGCCACAAAUCGCAUAGUGGGUCGCUGGUUACUUGGCUGCAGCGGACUUGUUGUGGGCGCUGUUGUCUUGGGUGGUGUCACCAGGCUCACAGAAUCUGGUCUCUCCAUGGUUGACUGGCAUCUGGUGAGAGAGAUGAAACCCCCUCAGUCGCAGGCAGAGUGGGAGGCUGAGUUUUCCAAAUAUCAACAGUUCCCUGAAUUCAAAAUAAUGAACCAUGACAUGACUCUGCCAGAGUUUAAGUUUAUCUUCUACAUGGAGUGGGGUCACCGUAUGUGGGGCCGGCUGGUUGGACUGGCGUAUAUACUCCCUACCAUGUACUUCUGGAAGAAAGGGUACUUCACCCGCUCCAUGAAGGGAAAAGUGCUGGGGCUUUGUGGAUUUGUCUUCUUCCAGGGUCUUCUUGGUUGGUACAUGGUAAAAAGUGGUCUGGAGGAGAAGCCUGAGUCCUAUGACAUCCCACGGGUCAGCCAGUAUCGCCUGAGUGCUCACCUUGGUUCCGCCUUGCUACUCUACUGUGCCAGUCUCUGGACUGGGCUUACUCUGUUGCUGCCUGUAAGCAAGAUGGCAGAAACCAAACAUCUCACGCAGCUCAGGAGGUUCGCCAAGGGUACCGGUGGACUCGUCUUCCUCACUGCUCUUUCAGGUGCUUUUGUUGCUGGUUUGGAUGCUGGGCUGGUGUACAACUCCUUCCCUAAGAUGGGAGAUCGAUGGAUCCCUGAUGAUCUACUGGCUUUCUCUCCCUCCCUCAAAAACUUCUUUGAAAACCCCACGACAGUGCAGUUCGACCACAGAAUUUUGGGGAUCUCCACUGUGACAGCAAUUACAGGCCUGUAUCUCUUCUCAAGGAGGAUGGUGCUGCCCAGAAGAGCCAGAAUCGCCAUCAGCCUCCUUGCAGCAAUGGCAUAUGGACAGGUUGCCCUUGGCAUCAGCACCCUGUUACUGUAUGUACCCACUCCACUGGCAGCCACUCACCAGUCUGGCUCUGUGGCGCUUCUCUCACUGGCCAUUUGGGUUCUGGCAGAGCUCCGAAAGAUGCCCAAGUAAAUGCCUACUCCUUUAUGGAUAAAUUGAACCCCUAACUAGCCACACCUCAAGCCUCCUAAGAGUCAGCAGUGCUCAUUUUAAAUAAGGCAUUAAGAGGAAAAACAGAGAGAUGGGUUUCAACGAAGACUGGACUUUUAUGCAUAUGCUGAAGCAUCUGUCCUGUGGUUCUGCAAUGGAAUCCACAUGUGGUGACACUGAAUCAGGUCACCAUGCAAUAAUUACAGCAGGGGUGUUAUUUGAAUGCUCUGGAUAAGGAUGUUUCAAGGGUGUCAGUGAAGAAUUGACUGAGCUAUUUGUGGAUGCAUGUUGCCAUCAGAGGAUGAUAAGUGUUUUGUAAGGGAUUAAACUAAGACAUGCAAAAACAAAAAUCAGCAAAUUUUCAACUUCUGGCUGGUUACUAAGUGGUUACUUACCUGUUGCCUUGUGUCUAUCACACACUGCCUGUUAGUUGAAUGAGAUGUGGCUGUUUGGAAUGUAUAAGUGUAUAUUUAAAUUAUGAACCAUUUCUUGCUGGCAUGAUGACUAUAAAUUAUAAGGUUAAAAAAAUGUGGGAUCUUUAUUCUUGCUUUGUACUGUAUCAUUAGAAAUGUAAAACUUAAAGUGGUGUUUUUUAAUAAAGAAAUUAAUGUAUAGAUA